AUGCAAAAGAUGAUAUUCAUUUUAUUUUAUUUUGCAUUCGAAAAGAUCGAUAAUCCAUCCCAGCAAACAAGUCAGUAUUAUCAUAGCAUUGUUCAUGAUUUGUGUGAAGAUCACGUACCAUGCAUAUUAGUAAUUACUCGCUGUGAAGACGAUUAUCCUUUAGGUGCAUGGUGGGAGGAAAAUAAAGGCAGGUUACUUGAAAAACUGCAAUUCUAUGUGAAAGAUGCUGUAGCCGUGACAGCAUUAAAAGAUGAAGAGAGUCUAAAUGACUAUAAUCAAUCAAGAAAGAACCUGAUCGCAGCCAUCCAAAAAUAUGCAUUGAAAGAUCCAUGGCGUGCUAAAGAGUUUAAACAGAAAUUAAGUUCCUUUUUUAGCAAUAGAAUUAUUCAUAGACCGAAUGUGUCACCGAGACAACCGGAACCAUUAUGGAAGUAUUUACAAAGACCAAUGGGCGCACCUCCUUCUGCGAAACGAAUCUGGUCAUCAUGGUUUUCUUAA